AUGCCAUCAUCAAACUCACUAGCUUCCAAAACCUUCCUCCCACUAGAAGUAGACUACACCGAAGGUUCGAUCUGUGAUGUGUGCGGUAGUCAAGACGGCAGCACUUUGGUUGAGGCCGGCAGUGGAAACCGUCUCUGCGAGGAUUGUUGGGAAGAAUCUAAACAGACCCAAGCAGCUGAGCUCAAUGACGAGCGCACAGUGGAGAAUGAAUCUUGGGAGGAAUCCAGUGACGACGAGGACCAGUAUGGUGGUGUAGAAGAGGAGAUGAAUGAAAACAACUACGAAUACGAAAUCGAAGAGCCCGAGGAAGAGGACGACGAUGAUGAUGAUGAUAUUUCAGAGGAUAGUAUGUGCCCCGACUUUGCUCAUCGGUCGGUGAUAGCGUUGGAGCUCGGACGGGCUGCUCAGGACCAGGAGGAGCUCCGUCUUAAUAAGGAGCUUUUGGAUGCUUUCAGCAACACUGAAGUCAACAGAGAUCUGUUGACUGAGAUGUGUAUCAAGAAUGUUAAGGAGGAGGAUGAGGAGGGGGAGGAGGAGGAGUCCAAGGCUCAGUCGAUCAGCUUUUCGACCGAGGGCUUAGUUCGAUUUUUCGAUUCGGCGGCUUCCAUGGCCGACACCCACAUUCACAGUCUCCCUCUAGAGAUAAAGGCGUUCGAUGGGCAGUCGAGCCACCAGGCUAACUACAUCGGUUCCACCACGAUGGAAGAAGACGACGACGACGAACCGAUGAUGGAGGACGAUUGUGAAGAGGAGGAGGAGGAGGUGAAAGAAGACGAUGAAGGGGAAGACGAUAGCCCAUCAACCGCUGAGAGCGAUGGGAAAGCCGACGAUGAUGAAGAGGAGGAUGAGGACUGGGAGACCAGUAGUCUGGCCGAGUACACUACAGAUGAAUUAUCAUAUAUACGGGAUCUCAUGGCCAUGCCACGGGGGGCCCUGUCCGAGCUGUAG